GUCAAUGGAAAGGACACACUGCUGCCCCCUAAUGGACAAGUUCAGAAAAGCCGAUAAACGCGACACCUGAAGCAUUAAGACCGCGCCAGACCGGAUAUUUUGGCUACGCUAACAGCCGCUGACCUCCACAGCUGUUCGCAUCAGAGAAAUACAUUAACCAGAAUCCACCGGGCCGAGCGAGCGCGACACAAUCAAGGGAACCAUGAACUACGCUCGCUUUCUGACAGCAGUCAGUGGAGCCAGAAAGCCCUCCCCGAUCAGGCUGCUGACUGAGCUGCAGCAGCGGUCGCCUCCGUCCCUCAUCUCCCUGGCUGGCGGAGCUCCGAACCCGAACACCUUCCCCUUCCAGUCGGCGUCCAUCCAGGUGAAAAAUGGCCAGACGGUCACCUUUGACGAGACCGCGAUGAAGAGGGCCCUGCAGUACUCCGCCUCUAACGGGAUCCCUGAGCUGCUGACGUGGAUGAAGGACCUGCAGAAGGCCCUACACAACCCGCCAACCAUAGGCUACAGCCAUGAGAGGGGACAGAUGGACAUGUGCGUGACGACAGGGAGCCAGGAAGGCCUCUGUAAGGUGUUUGAGAUGCUUGUUAACCCUGGAGACAACGUUCUCCUGGACGCCCCCACGUACUCCGGCACGCUCGCAGCGCUCCAGCCUCUGGGAUGCAACAUCAUAAACGUGCCCAGCGAUCACCACGGCAUGAACCCCGGAGCCUUGAAAGAGGUCCUGUCUCGCUGGGACCCGUCGGAGGUGCACACGCCCGGCAGCACGGCUCCCAGAAUCCUCUACACCAUCCCAAACGGGGGGAACCCCACCGGCGCCUCCAUGACGGCGGAGAGGAAGAAGGACGUGUAUGAGCUGGCCCGGCUGUACGACAUGCUCAUCAUCGAGGACGACCCCUACUACUUCCUGCAGUUUGAAAAGCCGUGGGCUCCCACUUUCCUCUCCAUGGAUGUAGACGGGAGGAUCAUCAGGACAGACUCCUUCUCCAAGAUCCUGUCGUCAGGCCUGAGGAUUGGCUUCGUUACGGGUCCCAAACCGCUGAUCGACAGGAUAGUGCUGCACAUCCAGGCCUCCACCAUGCACACCAGCACCUUCACACAACUCAUGGUGUCUCAGCUGCUGCACUCCUGGGGACAAGAAGGCUUCCUGCAGCACAUAGACGGGGUGAUUGAUUUCUACAGGAAGCAGCGCGAUGCGAUGAUAAGCUCAGCGGACAAGUGGCUCGCAGAUGUGGCAGAGUGGCACGCCCCGUCAGCAGGCAUGUUCCUGUGGAUGAGACUGAAGGGCAUAGCUGAUACGCAGCAGCUCAUAAUGGAGAAAGCGUUGGAGAAAGAGGUGCUGCUGGUUCCUGGAAACGCCUUCAUGAUUAACGGCAGCGACCCCUGUCCCUACGUCAGAGCGGCCUUUUCCCUGUCCACACCGGAGCAGAUCGAUGAGGCUUUCAGAAGACUCUCUUUGCUCAUCAAAGAGGCUUUGUGACCAGAGCUUCCUUCUUCCGGGGCAGAUGUUGCAUUUUUUUUUUUAAUGUUUGGUGCAAUCGUCAAGUUUACAUGUAAAUCAGUUUUACAUCACACUAGAUUUUAACCAAAGUCAAAUUGAAGCAUUUUAUAUGAAUGUAAAGGGAGGCAGGGAAUAAGUCUUAUCUCGGUAAAGUAGAUAAAAAAGGUGAUUUGGAACUUUUUGUUAUUUGUGUAUUGUUUCUGCAGUUUGAUAGAGGGCUAAACAGAAGUCCAAACGUCGUAGGAGGUAAAAUGAUCUUCCCACAGAAAUGAGCAUAUCAUGUGUCGGGUCGUCACGUGGAGGCCUGUGAAUGUAACUGACCUGUCCAAUGGAAACUCACGACACCUAAAGAAGCUACUACAACAAAUGUUGAUGGACUAAAGCUCGGUGGGUUAAAAUUUGUUGUGUAAUUCAGCCUCAGUGUAUUAUUGAAAAUCUGACCUGUGUGUCUCAGUUCAAGAUGAUUUAUAAACUCUUGAAGGGUUCA